AUGUCAAUAGCUCGCUACAUCUGGCUACUUCUGUGUUACGCUCAAUACGCAAGGUCCAACCUUAUGGAUGAGUACAAAGACUUCACCAGCACCUUCUUGUACCCCAAGGAUGAUAAGACGGAGGAGCUCCCCAUCCAGCUCGGCAAGGACUGGGCGUCUGGUUGCAUCUGCAGGGCCACCUACCACCAAAGAGUCGUCGUUUGCUUUGGGAACUACGAGUGCAUGAAAUUCCCUAGGGUAAAAGUUCACAGUGAAGUGUUAAGAGUAAGAACUACAGUCAUCACUGAAAUACUAAAAGGGGAACUAGAUUACUUAUACUACUUGAAAGUAUUAGAAAUAGAAGCGAACCAUCAGCUCCGGUACAUACAGCCUGGAAUAUUCUCAAACUUGACAAAUUUGGAACAACUGUCCAUAUCGUACAAUACUUUACUUCAAACGAUCCAUGAGACUACGUUUGAGGGACUGACGAAUCUCCACAACUUGACCUUAGUUAACAAUGGAUUUAGUUCAGUACUACAACUAACACCAUCAUUCAAACCCAGUAUACUACCAUCUUUAAGAAGACUAGAUUUAUCUGAAAAUACUCUAGAAACCAUCCCAGAAGAUGCUUUCAAACCUAUGGCAGGAACUUCAUUAAGGAAACUAGAUCUUAAUUUGUGUAGACUAGAUCACAUACAUCCCAAUGCCUUUCUGCCACUUAAACAUUUAAGAGACCUUCAUAUUGGAGACAAUGAUCUGAACUCCACGUUAAUAGAAAACUUUUUGGUAACUUUGAUUGAAAAUAACAUCAAUUUAUUACAUUUAGAUUUAUCAGGGAUGGGAUUUAGGAAACAACCACCGAAGAAGCUGAUGAAUAUUAUUGCAAAUUCUACCAUACAAAGUUUAAUACUAACGAGAAAUCAGUUUGAGAUAAUCAGUAAAGAUUCGUUUCCAAAAAUGGUCAAUUUACAACUAAUCGAUUUGAGAAAAGUUUCCUGCAUCUUGGUGGACCCCAUGGCUUUCACUCCUGAAAUGUUUCCAAGCCUACGUUUUCUGCUAUUGAGCGGUAACAAUCUACCAGGAAUCCAUGGAACUCACUUGUCUAAUCAACUGAUGCUGUUAGAUUUAUCUGAUAACAGAGGACAUGCAAACAAUCCAGUGUACUAUGAAAUAGACAGAUAUACCUUCACGGAGAGUAAAAAUCUACAAGUAUUAAACUUAGCGUUUAAUGGAAUUAGAGCUAUUUUUAAUUACACAUUUACAGGACUAGAGAACUUGAAGAUAUUAAGUAUGGAAAAUGGCACAGUCUAUCACAUCGGAGCCGAUAGUUUCAAAGCAACCACACAUUUGGAAAUACUAAACUUAGCUAACAAUCCUUUGACUGCUAAUCAAAAUCUAACAAGUGCACAAUUUGAUGGUUUAAAUGAACUAAAAAUUCUAAUACUGGAAAAUUGUGGCAUCAAGCAAUUCUAUGAUGAUGAUAACUUCUUUGAGAUGAUGCCUAACUUGACUCACCUUGUACUUAGAAAUAACCAAUUGUAUUACAUAACCGCAGAGAUAUUAAAACCAUUAAAAUUCCUCCAAUUUCUAGAUCUAAGUGAAAAUUUACUAAUGUCAUGGUGGAAACCAAUAUUUUUGUCUUCUGGUGUUAAACCAAAUCGGUUGUAUUUGACGAACAAUAAAAUAUCACACUUCUCACUGAGCAUGAUUCAGGACAUUGGUUACUUGUUGGAAGCAAGCAAAGGUGAUAUCGUCAUAGAUUUAAUGGACAACAUUUUUGUAUGUGACUGCAACUCCAUGUUUACUACAUACCGUUGGCUACAAGCAAAUGCAACUAAGGCUUUAAAGCAAUAUAUCUUUAGCUCCAAAUUUCAAUGCACUAGUCCUGACUUGUGGGAAGAUAGGAGAGUGUCAGAAUAUUUGAUUUCAGUAAAAAGUCUGCACUGUCUGAUGUACGAGAAGAUAUCGAAUGUAAUGGUGCUGGUGUGGACUGCGCCGUCCCUGGUCACAAUAUCUCUAGUCUUAUUUAUAAUUGCUAUUGUUUACAAGUUUAGAAUGUAUAUACGCUACUGGAUGUUCAUAGCUAAGGUAGCAUUAGGUAGAAAUCUAAAGAAGAAACAAGUAAAGACAGAUGGUGAGAAAACAUACAAGUAUGACGCAUUUGUGUCUUAUUGUAAUGAGGAUAGAGAAUUUGUUCAUGAAAUGAUAUCACAGUUGGAAUCGAAACCCCCGUUUCUGAAACUGUGUGUUUACGAGAGGGACUUUGAGAUAGGGUCGUUUAUAUCUGAAGCGGUGCUAAACAGUAUUAAUGAGAGUAAGUAUGUAAUUUUGAUAAUAAGCAAUAGUUUUGCGAAAUCACAAUGGUGUCGGUGGGAGACCCAGCUGGCAGAGUACCACAGGAUAUUCUUAGAGGAUGGGACCACGUACGACCCCCUGGUGUUGAUAAGAAUAGGGGAAAUACAGAGCAAGUACCUGACGACAACGUUGAAGUACUUGUUGAAAACGAAGAUCUACCACUCGUGGGACCAGAGGAACGAGGAGGAGUUUUGGAAGAAAUUGAGGGACGUUAUAAUUAAGAAGUGA